AUGGCAACCAUCUCGUCACCCUGUUUGUCCGUCGAAGAGACACUGGCGAGACUCUGUUCCAAACACGGUGUGAGUGCCGCGCUUGCAAUCGACAGGACUACCGCGUGCGUGCUCCACGGUACGGGGGCACUGGCUGCUAUAUUUGCCUCGAGUGCGGUGCCCCCCAACCCAGCCUCAUGUACCUCCGCGGCUGCCUACACGAUGGAGACAGCGCCUUCGGUGGUAGCCGCUGGCUCAACAAGUUUGACCUCACCUUCCCCCAGUCUACCCGGGGCAACAGCGAUCAACGAGGAUGAGGCCAAGGAUGGAACCGCGGAGGAUCGGGCCACUGAGCGCUUCGCGAAGAUGGUUUGGGGCUACGUGAACUCGACGGGAGAGCUGGUGCACGAUAUGGAUUCUGAAGACGAUGUCAAGUUAUUACGACUCAGAACGAAGAAGCAUGAGCUGGUCAUUGUCCCGGACCCCAAGUACAUUUUCGUGGUCGUUCAUGACGUUCCUUCAUAG